AUGCAGUUCCAACGCGGCCGUCAACUACCGUGCUAUCGCGGAAACCGGCCUGUUCCCUACGUAGCUCACGUAACCUUUGACCCUAUCUUCUGUGCGACUGUCUUUCCCGGAGCCGAUCUUCCUUACGAGAACGAGGAGCUUUCAAAACUCCUUAUGGACGUUCACUCGCGACUGACACCGUCGGUUGACGAACAGCAGGCCGUCGCCACUUUGGUGACCAAAGUGCUCGAAUGCUUAGAAGCCAUCGCCUUAGACAGAAACAAGUUCUCUCUCGGGCACAUUGAAGAGAUUCGGUCAAUUGGCUCGUUCAAAAAGGGGACAAUGUUGGCGGGACACUGCCUAGCGGACAUUGUUGUGGUUCUCCGUGGUCUGCCCUCUUUCGAGACGACAAUGAUGCUUGGCUUUCUGCUGAGGACAGAAUUUCUGGCCAAGGAGACUGGUGAAAUCGACGAGCCACCGGAGUGCUUGCCGCGCUCGUAUGGCUUUGAUUUCGCCUACCUCGGCGCCUGCGUUCGUGUCGCCUUCACCACCCACAGCCCUGAAAAACCAGAACCCGGGAUUCACAUAAGCGCACCUGAUCAAAAUGUCGCCAGAGCUGCCAUCCUCCACGCACGAUGGGUAGAAGAGAAAGCCUCUCACACGAAUGUCAAGGCGCUCGUGCGUAUCGUAAAGGACUUCAAACGACGAUUUUUGGGUUUCAAUCACCUCAGUCCCUGGCAAAUAGACCUCCUUGCGUUCUACGCGGUCACACAGAACCCCCUCAACACACCCCUUCCGCUGUCUGUUGCUUUCCGACGGCUCAUCCAGAUUCUUGCGGCCGGACACUUUCUGCCAGGCAGCGCUGGAUUACUCGACCCCUGCGAACCAUCCAGUCGACGUGUUCACGUCUCCCUCAGUCUCAAUCAACAGGACGAUCUGUGUCGCGCGGCCCAGACCAUGUGCCGAAUUCUAGCCCUCGAGAAGUUCUCUGUUCUCUUUGCCAACAUGCGUCCCACGACGCCGAUCACGCCAGCGCAACUUGUGGAGGCCGCGAACGCCCUGCCGGGAGUGAAAAUCGAGUUUGCCGAGCCCGUUUGCAUGGAACUGUCGACGAGCACUGCAGUAGUGGAGCAGUUAGAAGCCGUCUAG